AUGAUCCCUGUGGACGCCUGGGACGACCACGUUGUCUGGGAGAUCUUUUCGAGGUAUUCUGGAACCAAUUGCGAGUUCCAGUUUCGUCCUAUUCGCCGGUGUCGUCAUGGCGCGGAUGAUUUUUUGAGCGACUCGCCCCAUCUGACGACCAACAUCCUGACCUACACGGACGUCAAUGAAUCGCUGAUGGGUGCCAUUCUUGAGUCCCUGCCAAAGAGCACUGUCAAGUCGACCGUCUUUGAAGGCUUCUGA